CACAACUGUGUUUGUUUGUGUGUGUUUCAGAGGCAUUUUUCACACCAUACGAUAUGUUGGCCAGCCUUGAACCGAUCCACUACUUGCAGGAACUACAUCAGGAUCCAUCAGAUGGAAGAAUGGACCUUGACGUGAUAGACGAGUACCUGAAAGAACAGACCAGACAAAACAUCCAGACCCGGACAGAGGAAGAACGUCUCAACCCAGAAAACAUCUGGUCUGAAUUUGCGUACGAAUGGCAGUAUGGAGGAACAGCGGUGACAGAAAACACAUGCUGUGAACAGCGAAGUCAACAACAGCAGGUGUGGAUGAAUUUACCCAGCUAUAACAAGUGGGGUGGAGAUUGCCGGUUUGAUCCCCUUCCCUGCAGUGACACAGAUUCACACUGCUCCAGUUCAGGAUCGCAGGAGUUUCCUCCAUCUCCGCCCUCACACUCACACACCUCCUCUCUCUCAGCAGGUAAAAGGAAGGAGCGUCUCUUCCAGUUCCUGUAUGAGAUGCUGCAGACGCCGCAGAUGCGCAGUUGUAUCUGGUGGGUUCAGUCAUCGAAUGGUACAUUCCAGUUCUCGUCACAGAACAAGGAGAAGCUGGCUGAGAUGUGGGGCAAGCGCAAGGGCAACCGCAAAACCAUGACGUACCAGAAGAUGGCUCGUGCUUUGCGUAAUUACUCGCGCACCGGAGAGAUCUGUAAAGUGAAGCGCAAACUUACAUAUCAGUUUAACGAAAGAACGCUCAGAGGGCUUCAGAGCAACGCACAGAAAUUCACUUAA